GUCGACGUACCGCAAUCACCACCCCACCACAGCAAAAUUGGGUGGAGUUACUGAUUGUGGUGCUGCACAGACCAGCGGCGAUAACACAAGGUUCUUGGGACGAAAUCCGCAACACUGAACAGUUCCAAUUAGUGUACGCACUCAAACACUUGAAGAUGACUUCUCGGGCUCAGGCAAACGGCGUAUUGCCGAUACCGGCUUCGCAGACUGCACCAAAAAUGUCGAAAGCCUCACAGAACAGGGCAGGCCCUUCGUUGAAAGUUGUCGUUCGACGACUUGCGCCUGCCCUCACGGAGACAGAGUUCAUGAAGAUAAUCGGCGAUGAAUGGAAGGUUGGAGCAGGGAGAGUAGAUUGGUUCUCUUACAAGCCUGGGAAGGUUUCAACAGACCCCUCCAAAGCGUCUCGUCCGUCCCGUGCCUAUCUGCAUCUCAUCAACGAGCCAUACCUGACCCAACUGUCUAAUCACGUCCGCCAACUCACCUUUGAAGACGCGGCCAAGACUUUCACAAACCCAUGCCUCCUUGGCCCCGCCUCCCUCGAAUACACAUCCUACGCCCGCAUCCCAAGUGGAAAACGCCGCACCGAUGCACGUCAAGGCACGAUCGACCUCGAUCCAGAAUUCAUGGACUUUCUGGAGAGUCUGGCCAACCCAAAAUCUACCAAGGGAGAGGAUACCGAACCAUCUACGAAAGGAGAGAAAGUAACUACAACUCCAUUGGUACAAUAUCUCAAAGAUAAGAAGGCAAACAAAAGCAAAGAAGCAGCCGCCGCCAAAGCCGCAAAACAGAGCCGUUUGGAAUCCCAGGCUGCCUCUGCGUCCGGCAAAUCAAAAUCAAAAGAGGGUGCCGCCGACGAACCUCACAAGAAGACCCCCAAAGAUGGGAAGAGGGAGAGGCUCGUUGAGAAGGCCGCCCGGGAGGCAGUCAGAGUCCUCAACAGGGAAGCAUCAAAGGCCACAGGAGCGCAAGCACAGCCAGGCAACGCAGCGCCCACCGAGGCACCGAAGAACCCCCGUGCGGCGACCCGCGAAAGAGGAAGCAUCGCCGCAGCAGCACGGAUAUUACAGCGCGACCUCGGCCUGAGCCCAGUGAACGCGCAUCGCCGCGCCAAAGUAGAAGCCGGAGCUGCCGCGAAGAGCGAAGCAGCAGCCGCGUCCGCACCACAAGGGCCGAAAGCCGGACCAUCAAACGCAGGCGGCGGAGGCAAGGGUAAAGGGCGAGUGGAGAACAACAAGGCGAAGGAGCCCACUCCAGCAAUCACACUAUUGAAGAAGCCAGUCGAGCCCGCAGCUGCAGCACCACCAGCUUCUUCAGCUUCACCAAAACCAGCAGCUGGUACAUCCGCACCCCCCUCAACAUCUCGCCAGACAGCCUCAGCAUCGCAACCCAACCCCCCCAGCGCCCCCUCAGGCCGCAAACCAGCGCCCCCCCCCGUCCCCACCGCAGGCGCCACCCGCGCCUUCGUCAAGCACGCCAACCCCUCGCAAGGCGUCACAGAGCCGCUCCUCCGCGAAGCCAUGACCGUCUUCGGCGCGGUGACGAACGUCGAGAUCGAUAAGCGGAAGGGCUUCGCGUAUGUGGAUUUCGCGGAUACGGAGGGGUUGCGUAAGGCGGUUGCGGCGAACCCGACGAAGAUCGCGCAGGGGACGGUGGUGGUGCUCGAGAGGAAGGAUACGAAGCCUGCGAGGGAGGCGCCGGCGGUGGGGGCGAGGGGUGGGUUUGGUGGUGGUGGUGGGAGGGGUGGGAGGAGUGUGAGGAGGGGGAGGGGAGGGAGGGGGGCGGGUGGUGGUGGAGGAGGAGGGGGUGGAGCAGCGGCGGAGAGGUCGGCUGGGGCGAGUGCGUCGGCUGCACCUGCGGCUCCUACGGGACCGGCAGCGGCGAAGUGAUAUUCUGGACUGGCCGUGUUGGGUUGAGCUGGCGGGACUGUGAGACACAUCGUAGUCAUUGAUGUCUCGGCGAAGCUCAGCGAAGCUCUGCGACGCUUGUUAAUAAUGAUAGAACUACACGAAGAAUAUAAUAGCUAUUCCUCAUUGAAGUAUGAAGUUCUUCACGGCAUGGGACUCAAUUAAUAAGCUUACAGUUUCGACCCAGGGUCGCUCCGAUAUAAUACCUCUGCUACACUUACUGAUUUCUAGCUUCCGAUCGUAUUCCUAUAUAAAGCUUCCACUACCACCCCAACCAGUUCUCACGCCAUCCACCAACCUUUUUCUUCUCCGUAGACACAGUCCUGGACCAACAUAUAGCGAGGGAUUGAGGAGACCAGGAGUUGGUUGUUGGGUUGGGAGUAGCUCGCAUUACGAGGAGUCCAGUUGCUGUCGCUUCACAUUCUCACCACCGUGUACUUCCUGUCACCGCAGAAUUCCUGAUGUUGCUUGUUCCCUCUACCGCUCGUUGUUGUUGCCGUUGUCAUUACUGUUGUCAUUGCCACGCAUAACUCAACGAUAGGACCUCCAUAUGAUGAAACAAAACACCCGUAAGAAAACCCACAGCACGCAGCUCUAUUCGGUGUUUUUUGAGCUCACCGAGGCAUUGUCCCCUUGGUACAGCUACCAGCAGCACAUGAGAGACUCGAUAAGUUGGCUUUACAUGGUAGAAAAUCGUCUCCUGUGUAAAAUUUACCAUUACGAAGGCUUCUGAGACUUUUAAAAUAGAGGUUGAACAAACAAGCAUGACCCUGAAAGAUAGCAAUAAACCAUCACAUACAGAGUCAAAUCAUGUCCAUUCAUUCUUCAUCUGACAACCCUCAACCUAGCUAACUCCUCUCUCCAAUCAUUCUGAUCAUAACGCAUCCACAUCCGUCAUCUCAUCCCCUCCGCCACCCCCCCUUCCCGUCCACCCAGCUUUUUAUCCCGCCUAUCUACUCGGACAAGCCACCCCUCCAACCACCCACCG